UCAAAAAAUUGCCAUAAUGAGUUCAAUAUUUGGACAGCUUGUCAUUGGUCCACCAGGAAGUGGGAAAACGAGCUACUGUGAUGCCAUGUCAAAAUUUUUGGAGAAACUUGGAAGAAAAGUAGCCAUUAUAAAUAUAGAUCCAGCAAAUGAAAAUAUGAAGUACGUUCCCAAGGUGGAUAUUUCUGAGCUGAUCAGACACGACGAAGUCAUGACAACUCUUGGACUGGGACCAAAUGGGGCUUUAAUUUAUUGCAUGGAAUUCUUAGAAACCAAUGUCAAUUGGCUGAUUGGAAAACUUCUCAAUCUCAAAGAUCAUUACAUUAUCAUCGACUGCCCGGGACAGGUAGAGCUGUUCACUCAUCAUAAAUCAAUAAGUUGUGUAGCAGAAAAAUUGGAACAAAAUUUAGUGAGAUUGUGCGCUGUGCAGUUGAUAGAUUCACACCAUUGUAGCGACCCAGGAAAAUACUUAUCAUCAUUGAUGCUGUGCACCAGUACAAUGUUGCAUUUGGCGUUACCGCAUGUGAAUGUUCUGACAAAAAUAGAUGAGAUGAAGAAAUUUAGCGAUCGUCUGGACUUCAAUUUUGAAUUUUAUACCGAAGUCUUGGAUCUGCAAUAUCUUUUGGAAAAACUCAACGAAAACCCGUUCACAGCAAAGUAUAAGAAGUUAAACACCGCAUUAGUUUCGUUGAUAGAGGAUUACAGUUUGGUGAGUUUCAUACCAUUAGAUAUCUCCAAUCAGUCUCUACUCUUGCAAGUUAAGAAUUCAGUGGACAAGGCCAAUGGAUAUAUUUUUGGUGGUAACGAACCACGAGACAUUCAAACUUUACUCGCCUGUGCCGUUGGUGCUGUUAGUGAGACAGAAAAAAUGUCUACGAUUCACGAUUAUCUGUAAUAUUUUAUCUGUUCAGUACAAUACAAACCAAAAUCUAACGAUUGAACGUGAGUCAUCGUUCGCGAGA